UGUAAACCGCUAGCGCAAUUUUAUUUUUAUCAUUUUGUUCUCGUUUUGUAUCCAAUGAAUAAUAAAAGUAGAAUGAUAAAAAAGCGCUUUAAUCUCAACAUCUUUAUAAUCUCAAAUCUAUUCAUUAACCAAAUUGUGUCUCUUAAAACCAAAUAUUUGCGGGAUUGUUUAAUUAUAUUUGUUAAAAUUCCCGCGCAAAUAAUUAACACUGUUUACGUAAUUUUUUUGUUUUUCUUUUUCUCGAUUUGAUCAGAUUUCUUUUAUUACAUUUCAUUUGACCCGUACCAAGAUUAAUGACUAGACGUACAAAGGAGGGAGAAUUAUCUUUGAUAGCACGUUUGUCUAAAAGACAUGAAUCGUCUGAAAGUUGUUCUGUACAAGACUGUUUUGGAACGUGUAAUAUACUGAUUUGCAUUUAUCCACUAUUACAUUUAUCGAUUAGAAUAAGUGCUUUAUAACAUAGUAGUAGUCUAUAAAAUUUUACUGUUGGUUAAUUCUGUGGUAUUUUAAUCUCCGAUAUUUUGCACAAUUAAACGCACUGAUACAUAACUUUGUUAACGAUAAAAAUUGAUCUCUAUUGUAACAAAUGGAUUAUUCAUUUUUUGCUAAAAUUUGGCAGUUCUUCGUAAUUUUCUAUACCGUUCAGUCCAGCUAUUUUGAUGCAACGCACGCUGUCUAUCAGACAUUGGAUCCAAACGCGCCGAAUGGGCAGCUAGAUAAUUUGCAGAAUGGCAGCAAUCCGGUUGUUAGUUUUAGGCCUAUGCCUCCAGAAAGCAACGUCGAAAGUACUUUGAUUUGGUACAAAGCCAGCGACAAGGGUAGUUAUCUUCCCUGGGUCAGAGAGUUGGACGAAUUUUUGGAAGAAUAUCGAAAUCCGCCUAAUACCACGAGCACUUAUAGAAGCUGCGAUUAUGAUAAUCUACCACCACCAGGUGAGCCUUCGGUUUGCGUUGAAGACGUGUCCACUUGGGGAAAAUGCACGGCGGAAAACAAAUACGGCUUCAUCACAUCCACACCUUGCAUCUUCUUGAAAUUGAAUAAGAUUGUUGGAUGGCAACCGGAAUUUUAUAAUGAUACCCAAAAUUUUUCGUCCUUGAUGCCAGAGGAUCUUAAAGCACAUAUCAAACAAAAAGAAAAUGCGAACAAACUGGACACCAUCUGGGUGUCCUGCAAAGGUGAAAACCCUGCCGAUGUGGAGAACAUGGGUCCGAUUGAGUAUAUACCACGCCGUGGUUUUCCUGGCUACUACUUUCCAUACAAUAACACCCCAGGCUAUCAAAGUCCUCUUGUAGCUGUGCACUUCAAAAGACCAAUGUACGGCGUGCUCAUCAAUAUCGAAUGCAGAGCAUGGGCGCACAACAUUAUCCACGAUAGGUUUGAAGAAAGUGGCUUGGUGCACUUUGAACUGAUGAUAGACUAAAUCCCGGCCAUUUUGCUCAAUCGCUCAUCAUUGCUAACCGCGUCCAAGUAGAAAACUCUUGAGCUUUUUGUGACACACGAACUUUUCUUUCCACGAAGAUGAGCUCGGCCGACGAGUUAUCACGGUAAUGCAAAUGAUCGAUAUCUUAGUUCAACCAUGUAGAUGUAUUAUAUUAGUGCUUUGACGCGUUAUCAUACUUGGCAUGUCGAUAUAUUAAAAUUUUUAGGUAUUGGUAAGCAACGUAAUGAAUUUUAAUAAAAGAUAGCAGGUACAAAGAAAUACAAGUAUACGAGCUUUCAUUUUCAAAUGCGCGUUUCCUAUAAAACAAGAGAAAAUGAUUAUUAUAUUUGCAAAUUCGGAGAGAAGAUAAUUCAUGAUAAACACAUUGCAUAAAAUUGAAGAACAACAGUUAUAUAUUGUUUUUUUAAUACUAUUUUUUUAUAUCAAACGAAUUAAGUUCAGUGAAUUCACAUGUGUGCUAUGACCUGCGAAAAAUGAAAAAGGUAAGUAAGAUACUUAUAUUUUUGUUAAACUAUUAAUUGUAAAUAAGCAAAAUCGUACAUAUAAUUUAGAAGCAGAUUCGUUCCGAAUGUUUUGUUACGUAAAGAUAUCCCGCAAAAGUUUUUAGAAAAUUGCAAAAUUUCAUCGCUUAAAGCUCCGUUUUUCUUAUUCAAUUAUCUGGAAGACGGUCGCACUUUAACUCCUGUUCUGUGUAAUAUUCCUUUCCAGACGCAGACGUUAUUGUAGACGACGGAAGAUUUAAACACAAUUGGCUAAUAAGACUUACAAUAGGCAUGAUUGUUAACGACAUCGUUAUACAUGAAAUGUGUUAUGGAAAAUAAAUCGGAUUUGCAGAA